CGGGCGGGCUCGGGGCUCGGGGCGCGGGGCGCGCGGCGCGGGUGCGGCUCUCUUCCCCGGCGGCCAUGGAGCGGCUGACGUUCCCCGCCGGCGGCGCGGCGGCUCUGGACGAGUACCUGGAGUACCGGAGGAUUGUUGGUGAGGACGAUGGAGGGAAACUUUUUACUCCAGAAGAAUAUGAAGAAUACAAAAGAAAAGUUUUACCUAUGCGCUCAGAGAACAGAUUAUUUGUGAGCUGGCGAUCACCAACUGGAAUGGAUUGUAAACUUGUGGGUCCUGAGACACUGUGUUUUUGUACACAUAGGUAUAAGCAACAUAAAACUGACUUCAGAACGAUUCCACAGCAGCGCCCCCUUAGCCUGCCUUGCCGAGUGACUGGCUGCCAGUGUGGGGCUUACCUCUAUGUCCCUUUGAAUGGUGCACAGCCCGUUCGCUGCAGGUGCAAGCACUUUGCUGAUCAGCACAGUGCUGCGCCCGGCUUUAUAUGCAAUGCCUGUUCCAAGUGUUCAGGAUUCCAUAGUUGCUUCACUUGUGCUUGUGGUCAGCCUGCAUAUGCCCAUGACACAGUAGUGGAAACUAAGCAAGAAAGACUGGCUCAGGGAAAACCAGUGGGACAGGAUGUUCCUUAUGCAGCAAUGGGAGGAUUAACUGGCUUCAGCUCACUUGCAGAAGGCUACAUGCGAUUAGAUGACAGUGGAAUUGGUGCACCUUCAGUUGAAGUUUUAGACUCUCCAGUUACGGCCAGGGACCACCCAUUUCUAAAAGCAUUUCAAGCAUCAUCUAGUUCUCCAGAAACACUAACAGAUGUAGGUACAAGUAGUCGGGUUUCUUCCUUAAGGAGACCUGAAGAGGACGAUAUGGCUUUCUUUGAAAGACGGUACCAGGAAAGGAUAAAAAUGGAAAAGGCUGCUAAGCUGAAAGGAAAAGCACCAUUGCCACCAACUACAAAACCUUCAUGAAGAUUAUUGGGGAAAUUAAAACCAUGAUCCAAAUAUGUCUCUUGUGUUUAUUUUUUCCUCUAUUUAUUUGCUUCUUUUACUGUAUAAAAAUGUCUUUUUGGAUGUUUCCUUAAUUUAUUUAAAUAAGUGAAAAUACCUUAUAUUACUUUUGUCAAAAUUCAUGAUUUACUACUUUGUAUAUACUUUUUACCUCUCCUAACAUAUGAGGUUAUUUUCAUAUUAGUCAAACCUGAAAAUACAGUGAAUAUUUUUAGUCUAUCAUAAUUUAACUUUUUCAGGCUUUUUAAAAAAUUAAAGGUGUUAUUGAGGGUUUUGAACAAAUAUAAAAGGGCCACUGUUUUCAUUCAAAAUAGUAAGUUAAAAUCCUUAAUUUCUUAUCUUUCAAAUUUCAUAAUGUUGAUUUAUGUUUUUAAAUAAAACACUUUUAAAAUUAUAGAAUUUUCUGUCAGUGUCUACUGAUUUUUAAGUUGUUUUGUUAACUAUACACCAUACAUGAUUGUAUUGACUCCUCUCAUGUGCUACUUCAACUCCUCCUGGCCCCAGCUGUUACUCCAAUACUGCUGUGAAACACUUCCAAGCAGGCUUCUGACAGCUUCAUCUGGAAGCCAUUGGAUGGCACUUUGUCUGGGACCAUGUCAGGACUCUCUUGCUUUCUUCUUCAGGGAUCCUCUGACACUGUGGCUUGGGAUGUCUACUGGAAACCCUCUGCAUCAUACAUGUAUGAUGGGGGAGUUAAUGACCUUGGGACCACCCUUGACUAAUGCGAAGUGGAAGCCAAUAGAUAAAUGCUCCUGAUUCUGUCUGCUGGAAAGACAAUCCUGAGAUGCCUUUCAUAAACUUCUUCCGAAAAUCCUGUGAGACUGAGCACCGGUCACUCAUAGCAGUGUCCAAUUCCAUAAUAUAUCCUUAUGUUAGCUUUCUCUUUUUCCCUUUUCAUUCCCUGAUCCCUCCCUCUGGUUCCCUCAGAUCACUUUCCGAAUAAAUUACCUGUAUGUGAA